ACUCCCCCAGCCUGUGCCUGCUCCAAACCACUCCAAACCUCGGUUACGAAACCCCUGGCAACUCGGCUGUGCGAUUCUUUGGCAUGCAACACUCCUCCCCACCUGCGACAGUCCAACAGGUUUCCCUGAAUAUCUGAGAUGCUUUUGUAACCUCUCCCCUGAGGGCAGGAGAGGAUCAAGUCUCUUCCUGGGCCUUGCCGCCUCCUUCCGCUCUACCUGGUGACACCUGCCUUCCGGCCAACACCAUAAGGCCCUCCCCUCGCCUCUGGCUCUCAGGGGAGAGAGUCUUUUGUAGAUCCGAGUGUCCCACCUUGCGCCACCGCCUUGCCCUGUUGAGCCAGCCUGGCAUGGCUCCCUGGCAUGGCACCUGUCUCUCUCCUACCUUGACCGGCUGGCUUCUCUCGCUGCUGGUUCCCUUAUUUCCUGCUCUGCCUUCAUCUCCUCUGGCUGUGCUAGUGGGAGACUCUGUUUCUCUCCUGGUCCCAUUUGCCUUACCCCCCUCUCACUCUCAAACCACCAUUAUCUGGAGGAAAAAUGCAACCAACAUAGCAAUGGGAACCUUGACACCCAACUUCACUGUUGUGGUAGCAGACAGAUUCCAUCCUCAGUUCAGCGUGGUCCCUGGGAGUGGGAACCUCAAUAUUACGGCCGUGACGACCUUGGAUUCUGGCAUCUACACGGUGGAGAUCUCCCCGCUAGGGAAUGCGGUGCAGAAAGGCAACAUUGCUGUCAGGGUGUAUGAGGAGGUGGGCAAUGUCUCUGUGACCCCACCCUUUGCGGAGGUGACAGAAGAAGACAGCUCAGUGUUCCUGAACUGCACCCCAGUGCGAGGCUCUGUCUCCUGGACCAAGGAUGGGAAAAACCUGGAAGAAAACCCCCGAUUCUUGCGGUCGGCUGGUUCCUUGCAAAUCAGAAACCCUCUACGUACCGAUGCAGGUGUCUAUCGCUGUACUAUCACCAACCCUUUUGGCAACGGGACAGGCACCGCCAACCUUACUGUCUAUUAUGGCCCAGAGACCCCAACGAUUACCGUUUCCUCGUCGGAGCGGGACUCUGAAGCGGGGAGUUUUGUGCUGGUGAACAGUACUGUGAACCUAACGUGCCUGGCGCCGUCCGAGCCCCCGGCCAAGAUGUACUGGAAUGUGGCAGACGCUCAGGACCUCUACGUGCCAUCCUUGCCUAUCCUGCAGCUCCCCAAGGUGCAGCUGAAUCAGGCCGGCUCAUAUUCCUGCUUGGCCAUCAAUCAGCGCACGCAGCACCGGGUUCGAAACACUCACCAUCUCACUGUUGCCCAACGACCCUUUGGAUCCCCCCGUUGCUCUGUGGCCUCAGCAGACAAUGGUACCGCUUUGCUUUUCAUUUGUUCCUGGCCUGGUGGCUCCCCUACCCCACAAUUGACCUUCCGGGGGCUCCCAGGACACAAGGAGGAGGUCAGCACCUCCAACUUGCAGCGAUUGCUGGUCUCUCCCUUCCCAGCUGAGCUCAGUGGCACCAAAGUCACCUGUCUUGGACGCCAUAUGACUGGGCAGGGCAACUGCAGCUUGAUUCCAGAAGCUCCCUCAGGAGUUUUUCUCUCAUUCCGGAUGUACAGCGGCACCGAAGAGUCCGUUACCAUGGAACUGCAUUGCCAAGGCACCUUCAACCCUGUGGAGAUUGACUGGUUUCGGGACAAGGGGUCUCCCAUUCCUUUUGGAGGCCGUUACCACCUGAGCCCCGGACGAACGCAGCUCACCAUCUGGAACUUCACUUCCCCAGAUGACCUGGGCGAUUACAGUGCCACCUGCUACAAUCCGCUGGGAUCCCAACAUUCGAACCUCACCAUCCUCGGUCCUUCGAUUGCCAACUGGACUCUCUCUCACGGACCUCAUCCUGGUUCUGCCUACCUGGCCUGGAAUGUUCCAAAUGGAUCUGCAGUGACUAGCUUCUGGAUCCAGAUGCAGGGUCCUCAGCAGCACCGUUCUGCUGAGGAAUGGAAGACGGUGCAAGUCUUAGGAGCCAACAACCGAUCCACCACUGUUAUAGGAUUGGAGCCCCGAUCUCCAUACUCCUUCCAGGUUGUGCCUCGUUUGGGAUCCCAAGCCGGGAAUGCCUCUGUUGUUUACAUCCUUCAACCAGAUUCGGGUCUGAGUGCAGGCGCCAUUGCUGGAAUAGUGAUUGGCUCCAUCUUUGGGGCACUUCUGAUCCUCGCUCUCCUGUUCUUGUUGAUCUGCUUGAUCUGGCCAAUCUGCCUUCGGAAAGCAAAUGAGAAGAAAGUUCCCCCAAUGCCACCUGAGAACAGACAACACUACCUGUCACGUCAGUUCCCAAAUGGCAACAAGCGAGAGUCGAACGACCCCUCUUGGGGGAACCCUCGCUGGUCAUCAGGAGACUCUGACAUCUAUGCCAUUACCUAUGAGGAACACCUACGCAAAUAUGGUGGCCCUGGCACUUUGCCCAUCAGCACCACGGACAGCAGCUCCUCCUUCCAACCUAUACAACCUUGCACCAAGAAUGUGCGCAGCGCUACUCAAGUCUGAAGGUCCAUCUUGGGCUGAAGAGGAAGCUUCAGACCAAGCACGGUCUUCAGUAUGGGACCCAGGCCAGCGAAAAUGGAGCCAUGCUAUCGUCUUGUGGGGCUUGACUGUGGGGUGUAUGGAAUCCAAUGUUUUUGAAUUGGAGCUUUGGUUUCUUGGCUUAAUGAUGAGAGGUGGACAUGCCGUGCGGGAUCUAGGGGUCUCGGGCAGCAACCUAGCCAACCCAGUUAAGGGGAGUCCAGAACCCAGAAGGGUACAUUGUGUGUAGAUGAAUUCUGAUGAAAUAAUUCUAGGAUUCUGAGUCUUCCAUUGUGGCCACAGAAGGGAUCUCUUGCAAUGGAGCUGGUUACAGAACACCUUGAGGUGCUGGGAAGAAUCAAAAGGCUAUCCGGAGGGUUAGGUGCUGGAGGGAUAAUACAUUACCAAGAGCUCUAAGUUCAACCUUGCAGCAGAGGAUAGUGUGAAGGAAAGCAAUAUGGGAAAGUGCCUUAUAUUGAGUCAAACCAUUGGUCUAGUAUUUUCUGCACAGACCGACAGCAGCUCUCCAGGAUUUCAGGCAUGGUUCUCUCCCAGCCCUACCUGGAGAUUGAACUUGGGACUUUCUGCAUGUAAAGAAGAUGCUCUGCCACUGAGCCACAGCCCUUCCUGGAACACUGAUGCUGUACAAGAAGUGUGAAUUGGAAGGAGGGAGGAAAGGUCUUCGUUGGCAGAGUAAAAACGUGCCUUUUACAAAACCACACCAGUGCAUAUACUUUUUU